GAAAACUCAUCUAAACAUUCAACCCAAAAUACAACCUCUCCUUCUGUUCUUAACCCUCACUACAUGCGCUUCAAUACGCGUGUGUCAGAACCACUUUAAAACGAAGUCACUUAGCUGCAAUAUUUUCAAUUAUAGCGCGAAGUCACUCACACUCACGCGCGUGGUGCUUCGGGAACGAAACCCUUAACCAAAGAGUGAAAGGUGACAGAGACUAAGUGGUUCUUAGGUUGCCGAUCAUCAAAACUAGUGGGCGUCCCGAUUCAUUUUGUUUAACACCUUCAAAAUUUUUCCCUCACUUUCUAUCCGUACGCACAUUUUCUUAUCAGUCAAAAACUAACCAAGUUCCUCGCUCAAAGGCAUAGUUCUUGUGUUGGGGCUUUGAGGAACAAUCUUAGGGUGGAACGUUCGAGUUGGUCUCUUUGAUGAUCAGGAUAUUGUUUUUGACAUAUUAAUGGAGACUCUUAAUCAAUCAGAGCCUAUAGGACUAAGAAGGAUGCUUCCUCCAACGCACGGAAGUUUCCAAGACCGUGAAGACCUUAUUAAACAUGUUCGUGACUUUGGUGCUAAUCAAGGAUAUGUUGUGACCAUCAAGAAGUCCAGAAAGGAUAGAAGAGUCAUCCUUGGCUGUGACAGAGGGGGUGUCUAUCGUAAUAGGCGGAAAAUUGAUGAAAGUAAGCGCAAAAGGAAAGCAACUUCACGGCUUAUAAACUGUCCUUUUGAAGCCAUUGGUAAAAAGGAGGAAGAAGCAUGGGUACUUACCAUAAAAAAUGGAGAUCACAACCAUGAACCAUUGAAAGACAUUUCAGAACAUCCUUAUAGUCGACGUUUCACUGAGGAAGAAGUGAGACAAAUCAAACAAAUGACUGAAGCUGGUAUAAAACCUCGUCAAGUGCUUAAAGCUCUCAAGCAAAGUAAUCCAGAUAUGCAAUCAACACCAAGACAUUUGUACAACCUCAAAGCAAAGAUUCGUCAGGGAAAUCUAUCAGAAAAAACUUUUAAGUCAUGGAGACCAAAUAGAUCUAUCCUGGUCGACACAAACAAUUCUCCAUCUGGUGGUUCAUUAAACCAAAACUUCCAGCUGCUGAAGGUCCCAAAUUUUAUUGGGGGGAACUUUGUAGAUUCUCUGGGUUCUGUAAUCAUUGAUGUUAUAAAUCCUGCAACACAAGAAGUUGUAUCUCAAGUUCAUUUAACUACAUAUGAAGAAUUUAAAGCUGCAGUUAGUGCAGCCAAGCAGGCUUUUCCUUCAUGGAAAAACACUCCUAUCACUACUCGUAUACGUAUUAUGUUUAAGCUUCAGGAGCUUAUCCGCAGAGAUAUUGAUAAGCUUGCCAUGAACAUCACCAUAGAACAGGGCAAGCCAUCAAAAGGUGCCGAAAGAGAUGUGCUUCAUGGUAUAGAAGUGGUGGAGCAUGCUUGUGGGAUGGUAAACCUGCAAAUGGGGGAAUUUGUCCCCAAUGCCUAUAAUGGGAUUGAUACAUACUGCAUCCGAGAGCCCCUUGGAGUUUGUGCUGGAAUAUGCCCCUUGAACUUUUCAGCAACUAUGCCAUUGUGGAUGUUCCCUAUUGCAGUUACAUGUGGCAACACUUACAUUCUCAAUUCAUGUGAGAAAAAUCCAGGCGUUUCAAUGAUACUUGCAGCACUAGCAAAGGAAGCUGGUUUGCCAGAUGGUGUAUUAAAUAUUAUUCAUGGUACCAAUGAUAUCGUUAAUUACGUAUGUGAUGAUGAAGACAUAAAAGCUGUAUUGUUUCUUGGUCCAAUUACAGCUGGAAUAUAUGCCACGGCUGUUGGUAGAGGGAAACGUGUUCAGGCAAAUGCUGGCUGCACAAAUCAUAUACUUGUGAUGCCCGAUGCUAGUUUGGAUGCUACUUUAGAUGCCCUUGUUCCUGCUUGUUUCGAUGCCACAGGAGAAAGGUGCAUAGCUAUUUUUGUUGGAGGUUCAAUGCAGUGGGAAGAAAAACUAGUGCAGCGUGCCAAACUACUUAAAGUGAAUGCAGGAACAGAUCCUUGUGCUGAUAUUGGUCCAGUUAUCAGCAAAGAGGCCAAGGAGAGGAUAAGUGGACUAGUUCAGAGGAGUGUUGAAAAUGGGGCUAGACUUGUACUUGAUGGAAGAGAUAUUGUGAUACCGGGAUAUGAGAGUGGGAACUUUGUUGGUCCUACUAUCUUAUGUGAUGUUACAACCAGCAUAGAAUGUUACAGGGAAGAAAUUUUUGGACCAGUGCUACUUUGCAUGCAGGCUGAUAACAUUGAUGAGGCUAUAGCAGUAAUAAAUAAAAACAGAUAUGGAAAUGGAGCUUCUAUAUUCACCACAUCCAGUAUAGCUGCUAGGAGGUUCCAGACUGAGGUUGAGGCUGGAUUGGUUGGGAUCAACGUGCCUGUUCCAUUACCAUUUUCCUCCAAUGGUUCAAAAGCAUCUCUUGCUGGUGAUAGCUUUUGGGGAAAAGCAGGCAUACAGUUUUAUACCCAAAUCAAAACAGUGGCACACCGAUGGAAUGAUUACCCUGGAAUUGGAGUAUUCCCGACCACAUCUCCAUCUAAGAGAGAUUUUCCUAGGCAAUUAUCACAAGCCAUGCCAAUGGAAUCUGAAAGUGAUUCACCAACCUAUGAAGUACAAGUAACCAUCACUGAUGCAGAUAUACCAAACACAACCAUGUCGUCCGCAUCUACAUCAACUGAGAAGGAUCACACAAGCCAGGAUGUUUCCCUAGUGCUGCCUUCAACUUCUAAGAGGGACAUGUCACUAGCAUUAUCAUCUGCAUUGCAAAGGGAUUUACCUAGCCAAGGAGUGUCUGUUGCAACACCACAGGCAUCAGAGAGGAUGUAUGUUUCUGAAACAUCUCAGUGGAAUGAAAUUUCCCCAGAAACAUCACAAAGGAGUGAAAUUGUUCCACCAACUUGUGAGAGGAGUCAUGUUUCUGUAUCGCAGAUGAAUGGAAACUUAUUUACCCCCAAUAGGACUGAUUCUGUUGCAGCUUUGAAACCAGAGGGGAUAUACUUGUCCACGUUUGGAAGUACUGACCCCAUGUUUCCAACUUCUGAGAAAUUAUACACGCCUUCAAUACUUUAGAGUUUGUAUCCAGAAUUUUGCAUCCUUGAGUGAUUUGAUUUAGAACAUAGGCCAGCAAGUAUUUUUCAAUGACAAUCCAUUUUCAAGU